AUGCCUAGAUCAAGAAAGAAGAGGAGGCCAUACACACGGUACCAGACGAUGGUCUUGGAAAACGAAUUCAUAAGCACAGCCUACAUAACGCGACAGAAGAGAUGGGAAAUCUCUUGCAAACUCCAACUAACUGAACGACAGUCAACAGACGAAGUCUCGUUUGAACUAACAGAGCCGACCUGGUUUUCUCCCCUUAAGUCUAAUUUCAGAACGGUCGAAUGGUUAAGACUGGACAGAAGUAAUGGUAAUUAUGCAAAAGAGUGA